GCGGUGACUGGAUAGAAGGGAUGGAGGGACUGGGUGGAGGGGGGUCGAAGCGGAGCGGAUUCAGGCGAGGGGGUGAAGGAUGCUGGUGGAUGAGACUGGAGGAGAGGAAAGGCGCCGUAAGGGGUGCUCGGAAUCACGGUGGUAGUGUGUACACCUUGUGUAUAUAGUCUAGCCAGAGUGGAAGAAGGGUGCGCCCUACUUCGCGUCGGCGUUUUCCCUCCUGGCAGUGUGCAACGACGUGCCGAAAGAAGGACAGAGAGAAAGCGAGCAGAGGCUAUCUCUUCGGUUCGGUGCCGGGCUUUUCAUAGUCUCUCAUUUCACGACGAGCGUCCGUGGUAUCGGUUCGAGUGUUUUGCGCGUUUCGAUGAAUAUCGGGAGUGAAAAAAAGUAGGGAAAAAGGGGGAAAAAAAGGAAAAAGAAAAAAGGAAGGAAGAAAGAAGGAAAAAGAAAGAGAGAAGCGACUGCGAAAACAGAUAUCGGGGGAUACGAGCGAGGGAAGAUCGCCUGGCACGGACAACGCCUCGGAUACAAAGUAGUGCGAGUACGAGAGCGAGAGAGAGAGCUCUCCUGUCUGUUUCGCGAGGAUAUUCCGGUGGUUCGCGUGAUACGCGAUACAUGGAAGGUGGUGGUGCGAAGUACCGUAUCGUCGAGAGUGUUAUUACCAUUAUUGGUUUUGAUCGCGGUGGUGAAUCGUAGAGGUAGUUCUCGUCAGCCUCACGGGAAGUGCACGUUGAUCGACGCGUUUACGUAAGAACGACGGACGCUCGUGGUGUAUGCUUACUCGUACGUGCUCAUAUGUAUCUCAAUGUGCGCGCGCGCGUGUGACAAGUACCGACAAAUACGGGAAGAGCAGCCAGGAAAGGAGACGGUUUUGGUCAAUUGCUGAAAAUAAUUCGGCAAUUAAUAUCGACCAUCGUGGAUUUUUCGCGGAUCAGAGAGAAAGAGAUUAUUGUCGCCAAAACGAUCGUCGUCCCGACGAAUCAAGAGGAUUCACGAAUGGACGAGCCGAGACCGUUUAAUCCCGACCCUCUCGUUUGCAUAAUUAGCCGUGCUGUACUGCAACAGCCACACGGAGAGAAGGGUUCCUAUAAACUUUGGCAUAAGGGCUGAAGUGAUGAUCAUUGUUAUUCGACGGUAGGAAUCGAACGUAUCGCUGAGAGAAAACGGAAAAGGGAUAAUCGGGGGGGGGAUAAACCUGUGUUGUCACCACGAGAUAUACUCGAAACGAAAAGCGGACAAAAAAAUGGACGUAAGCUCGUCCACGAAGAAUAUUCUCGGACGAGCGAAAAUGUAUCUCGCUUACUGAUGCGUCUGGCGAGGCCAGCGUCCUCGAAGAAGAUAAUCGGGGAGGAUAGCGCGUGUCGUGACAAGGACCAGCAUUCGACAAUAAUAAUAAACGCGUUCGUCAUGAAAAUCUUGAUAUUCUUUCUUUACGUGACAACGUUGCUGGGCAUUGUGACCAGCGACAAGUGCGCCGUCGAGUGUUCUUGCAAGUGGAAGAGCGGGAAGCGCACGGUCGAGUGUGUAAAUCGUGCCCUGACUAGCAUACCGGAGUGGGUCGAUCCGGAGACGCAAGUGCUGGACACGAGCGGCAACGACAUUCGGACUCUACCGAGCAACAUCUUCGUACGUGUACGUUUGACGAAUCUACAGCGUCUCUACCUACGCGAGUGCCGUAUCGACCGAAUCGAUAGCGAGGCACUGGCGGGCCUUACGAAUCUGGUUGAACUCGAUUUAAGCCACAAUCUCUUAACCGUAGUCCCUACUGCCAGUUUCUUGGACACGCCGUUCCUCAGGGACCUUGUACUCUCCUAUAAUCCCCUGAAGAGGGUUCACUCGCACGCGUUCAAGAGUACACCGAAUUUGGUCAAGUUAGAUUUGUCUCACACGCAACUGGUUGAAAUCGAGGCGAAAGGAUUUCGUGGCUUGGAGUUGCUGGAAAGUUUAAAGUUAAACAACAAUCAGUUAUCGACCCUUCAUCCGGGCACCUUCGAGCCAUUGAAUAAACUCACCAGUAUAGAACUACAUGACAAUCCGUGGAUUUGUGAUUGUCAUUUACGCGAAAUGAAAAUGUGGCUGGUCAAGCACAAUUUACCUACCCUCCAAGCACCACUUUGUCGUGGGCCGAAACAGUUAAUGAAUAGAACUUUUACCGAUUUGGGUAUCGACGAUUUCGCUUGUCGGCCAAUCCUCUUGAUAGCCAGCCGCUACGCCGAGGCGACGAUAGGCGAAAAUGCCAGUAUUGUGUGUAGAGUUAGCGCGAUACCACCUGCAAAAGUGAAGUGGUAUUGGAAUGGACGAUUGUUGACCAACCAUUCAGCGUUCAGCAGUUACCAGAAGAUCUUGAUCUUUGAAGACGGCCAGUUCCGGAAAAGAAGCACUUUGGUUUUGACAAACGCCCAGGAAGCGGAUUCCAGCGAAUUCUAUUGUGUAGCGGAGAAUCGUGCCGGCACCGUCGAGGCGAAUUUCACUCUUCACGUAUCUUUGAGAACUGCCGGUAUGUCUACCCUCGGCUCCGGUCACAUAGCCGGUAUAUCCGCCGCCUUGGUAGUGUUAAUUCUCUUCAUCCUCCUCGUCAUUCUCGUGUUGUUCGUUCGUUUUCGAAGAAUGCCACUGAAGGACGUGAAAUCAGCUGUACCCGCAGAAGGUGUAUCGGGCGAUAGUACGGGUGGAAAUAACGAGAACCCUUCGUCAGCGACGUCCACCACUCGUAGAAAACACGAGGAGAUCGAGACGACGUCGUUCGGGGUGGAAUCGAAGCCACCGCCGGUGUCCUUAACCCUUAGCUACGUUCAAAGACCUCAGGCAGCGGUGUUGCAAACGGAGAACGAGUAUGGUUCGAUUGGCCGUUUCGAUGAUCAGAGCCAACAGCCAUCUGUGAUGGUUGCGCCGGGUGCUUGUUUCUCAUCUACCACGUCGCUAAUGCCGAUCGACAAUCCCGAUCUUAUCAGGGACACGCGACGUGGCUCGGCAGAAGAUAUCACUCCGUACGGUGGGGCGGACUAUAGUCGUAUGGAAGUGGUGGACGAUGCAAAGAUCCUUUACUCGAGUUGUAUGUGGGAGGCGAGGGAUACGUGCAGAACAACGGUUCCGGUGAGCACGUACCCUUCGAAGGAAGCCCUGGCUGUAGUCGCGCCUAUGGUCGAGCAAUUCCCGCCUGGCGCGAAGCAAAUAAGAGUAUGGCAGAAAGGGGUUCCGGUUUUACCGCCUGUGUCAGCGUUAAAACGUGUCCUCGGAUCAACGCGUAGCUCCCCCGACGAGGGUUAUCAAGAAGGGACUGGAACUGAUGUCUAGGUACCGCUGCUUCAUUACUGUGACGCCCGGCACCGUUACCUGGAGCUUCGUAGACGCCACCAGGACGACACUGACUGCUGAGAGAGACGUCCUGUCCAGUGCCGGACGAGCGGUAGUGAAAUGAAACAAAAAAAUUCAUGAUUUAUUUAAUUAUUGAACUCCGUCGCGAUGGACACGGACGUCGACCUGUCACGUGAAUUGCGUAUACAUAUGAUAUAUAUACACAUACCACUCGUACAUACGUAUAUAUAGAACGAGAGAGUGAUCGAUGAAACGGUUUCAGAUGUAUUCCGUGGAUAUACAUAUGUGUAUAGAAAGGGUGGGGAGGUACGAAAAUGGGAAGUCGUUCCGUCGACCCAGUGGAAACGUACGUCCACUUGUCGUGAGAUUUACGUAUAGUGGUCGAUAAAAUAGUUAAAGGUGUCGUCGUGACUAAUGCACGGAACACAUAAAACGAAGAAUCUGUCGAGGAUUCGAUCGAUAAAAUCACCAUCUGCCAGUUCUCUCGAGAAAUAACGCCGCUCUCGACGAUCCGAGGACUUCGUUUCCAAACGUUUCGCGUUUUGUGUGUUCGACGUGUAGUACGAAGGAUAAUAAUACACGGAACGAUCGGUUCGAUCUGGUAAAAAAUAUCGUUUCGAUAGUCUUGCAGCACAAUGUUGACGGGUAAUAUAAUUUCUAUUAGAACGAUUUAAGAUACGCGAUGAGAAAGCAAAGAAAAAAGAAAUUAUGAAAAAUGAAAUAAAGAAGAAUAAGAAUAAGAGUACGGUAUAAACUUACCGUUUCUUAAAGUAAUGAAUACGAGAAGACUGCAGUGCAUGUUCCGAAGAAUGUGUAGAUAGACUGACGUGAGAGAAUUUCUAUUACCGUGUGUGUUUGGCUACCGUGUAUAUACUACGCACGUGGAUUUUCUAGUCAAUUUCGAAGAUGUAAUUAGAGGUUAGGUGAUUUGGAUAUGGUGCGAGCACGAUGACAAUACGAAAUCGAGAAUACGGCUGACGUGCUGUUACGUAUCAUGUAUCAUCACAGUGACGAUGUCCAGAAAAUUAAUUCGAGUCUUCGUCGCGCACCUAACGAUUCGACGAUCAGAUCAUUUUUAAUUUAAUAUUAACGGUAUCUGUCGACAUGUCUUGUAUCACUAACAUAUGAACUGCGUGCGCCUCUAUUCUUCGCAGUUAAACGUUCGUUCCUUUCAAAUAUAAUAGAGCCAGUUUUUCGCUGAAAUUAAUAUCUCUCGGUCAUCAACGUGAAUUUUCCACGGAGAAGUCAUCGUCGUGAUAGAAACAUCUGAUCGGAACCCUGUUGAAAUUGGUGAAAGAGGUGGUGCGGCGAGGAGGGAGGGGAAAACGAAACGAAAAAAAAAAAAGAAAAAGAGAAAAUACCAAGAGAAAGAAAGGAAAGAACAAAAAAGAAAUUAAUAAUAUCUGAGCGAAGUUUUCAAUUUUUUAUCUUCGAAAUGUUAGAUUUACCAAGAUGGACGUGACCUGAAGUAUAAUAUUAUUCAAAUAUACAGUUUAAUCAUAGUCCAAAAUUAUGGAUUCGCAUCAAUUGUUUUCGAGCAAAAUAUUUCACAUCCGAUCGUUUAGAUUUACGUGUGUGUAGAUAGAAUGAUAAGUUGAAUCGAUUCUAUAUUAUUAAUCGAGGACACUAAUUCUAACCGUACACGAAAGUAUUUUCCACGAAAAUGCUUGUUUUGUUACUAUAAUGAUUCGAAAUGUCCAAAGUUAAAUUGCGAUAAUUUUUUACGUUAUUAUUUUUCCUCUUUUUUUUUAAUUUUCUCAGUUCCUUUUCUUCUUUUUUUUUUCUCUCUCAAUUCUUUAAUACAUAUUUUUCUUUCAUUACAAUUUCUCUAACACAUAGACUGUUUAAUUUGGUAUCGUUAAAGAACUUUUUAUUGGUCAUUUGCCACUUGUGAAGUUCUCCUUCUAUUAUUAAUUACUUAAACUUUAUUAGUCAAGUUUUGAUCGUUCAAACUUAGUUUAAUGAAUGUAGAUUUUAUAGAAUUUACACAUGAAAUUGUUAAGGCAGAUACACGAGGAAAGGUUUUACAUUAUAUUUUAAAUACUUGAAAUUUUUAACAGUGUAUGUCCAUUGGUUUUGAUAGGUUGUUUUCUAGAUAGAACACAUUCAAUUGAUUAGAUUGGAAUGAAAGUAUCACAUUGAUUGCUUUGCAUAUUAAAAAUUCUUUUUCAUUACAGAUUGCAAUUGAGAGAAAGUUUGAUAUUAUUGAUUUUACAUCAAAUUUAUAGCUAUGCAUGUUUGAAUCUAGUGUUUGGAAUUUUUUUCUUUUUUUAUUUGUAUAAAAAUAUUCUUUUAUCAAUAUAAUAGUAUCAAAUAAAUCUCUAACUCAUUUUAGAGAGAUAUAUUCUGACAUAUAGUGUGAAAAUUUAUAGCAAGUUUUUUUAUAUAAUUUAUAACAUAGUAAUAAUUAUAUAUAAAUAUAGGAAAAAAGUAAUUUUAAAAAAUCAUUUUUCUUACAAAUCUUAUUUUGAAAUAUAGAUAUGUUACCAGAUAUGGAGAUACUAUUAAUAAUUAAUAUGCAUUUAAGAUUGAUAAUUAUAUUUUUACUCAGCUAUAACUUGAUCUAUAUCUUACACUAUAAUUAUGUCUUAACUAUUAUUAAUGUAACUAUAUAUUAACUAUAUCUUACUCUAUAUCUGCUUUUUUUAAAAUAUUUUUUUUUUUUUGAGGUUCUGUCAGAAAGCUACUCAGAAAUAAAGAAGUAAUUUCAAGAAAGUAUGAGAUAAUGGCUAAAUUGAAAAAUGGAAAGCUGUACAAAUACAGGAACUUGAGUUAAUUAACCGUCUCAAAAUAAAGCACAGAUUUCGCUUUUAAUAUUUUUUAAAAAUAAUUUUCUUAAAAGUCUGGUAAGAAUAACAAUUAUUAUUAAUUAUAUUUUUACUUUUGCAUUACUCUUCUAUAUCUGUUACUUCUCUUGUAACACUUUGUUCGUGUCUCCUGUUAAAAAAGACUAGGAUAAGAAAGUACAAUUUCAAAGAGAAAGUGCAAAGUAAUGGGUAAAUUGAGAAAUGGAAAAACGCGCAAAUACAGAGGCUUUAAGUUAAAUAACUGCAAGAAACUUGUUCAAUGUUAUACGUUUAGAAGAAGAAAGAGGGGAACAAUAACUGUUUCGAAGGAAGGAAAGAAAGAGGUCUGAAAAAAGAAAUGCGAAGCAAGGAAGAAAGUGGUGUAAAACAAACUGUGAACAUAUUGUCUAAAGGAGCUCGCUAUUCGCAGAAGAAAGAGCUAUUGUGCGCAUAGUGAAGAAGAAAAUUCUCAUACAGACGGCUGCUAAUGCAACGUCAAAGAUUCGACCGAGUGCGGGAAAACGAUUUGAAAAAAAUCUUUCGAAAUGGUAAAAAAUUGAAAUCGUCGAAACUGUUGGCGCUGUCCGUUGUUUGCGAGAGAAACUGAAUUCACCGGCUGGAAUCGGUUGGUCAGAGAUAAAAAACAAAAAAAAAACGCGAAGAGGAAGAAACCGAAAAGAGGGGAACGAAUGGAAGAAGAAACGAACAGAGAAAGACUGUCGGAGAAAAAACAUAUUCAUUUCCGUGUAAUGUUUCCAGUUUUAACCAAGUGGAGCGCAAUAUCUGGCGACAGAAGAAAAUUUAAUAGCGUUUUUAUUUUAUCUCGCGAAGGGCGUGGAAAUCAGGGACAAGUUUCUUGCUGAAAGAAAAUUUCAACUCAUAAUUAAGCGCAGCGAAAGUUUCAUUAAGCCGGUGAAGAUUUAUGACGGCAAAUGAUGUCGGUAAUUUACCCAUCGCGGGAAAAAUCAUAAAUUAACACACGCGUGCAUGUAUGGACAGUUUGAAGGAUAAUCUCAGAUCGAGUCUGGAUAUUUGACUCUUCACUGUUAAUUUCGCCUGUCCCAUUGGGGUAAUCGUUUAAAAUUCUCGGUUAAUGGACGGAUGUAACCGUGCGAGAACGUCUGGAAACUCUGUCCCAAUUUCUAUGACGUUAACUUAGGAGAACGUUUAUGGGGUUAUACUCGAGCGUAAAUCGGGAAAAAUUUAGGUUCCACGGAGGGCUGGUUUAAUUAAAUAUUUAAGGAAUGAAUGGGGCUGGGGCAAAAAUGAAUUUAAAUUCUUAGAAACUGAGAUGUAUUAAAACUUGAAACUAGUUUCGAAUAGUUAGAACUAGUUUCGACUAGUUUUGAUUAGUUAAUGACUCUUUAAAAAUAAUUUUGUCUAGACUAAAAUUAAUUUGAACUAGUUAAUAUAUAGUUCCAACUAGAUAAAAUUAAUUUUGAAUUAAUACUGUAUUUCAUUAAACAUUUUAGAAAAGAAUGAGCAAAAAUGAGUUAUAUUCUAAUUGUGUUGUUAAACAAAAAAUUUAACGUUAUUUAAUUCAAUUUUUCGAUAUAACUUUAUUUAACUUUAAAUUAAAUUGAAAAAUUCAAUUAAAUAAAUUUGACAAUCUCAACUCUCGAAAAGUUUUGAACAAUCUGAAAAUUGAAACAUGUUUGAAGUCAUCUCUUAAAUAAGAAAUGCUCUACUUCUAUUAGCAUGCGUAUAUGUUAUCAUGUUAGGUCACACUACGUUGCGAAUUACUCUCCCGGUAACAUUCACUUCGAUGUCUCGCGACAUCAAUAAGUGUAACAAGGUAACUACACAUCCUCCAGACAUUUCUCUAACUUGCGACGAUUAAAUUAUUCCCUAAGCGCGUGUAUCUCCCCCCGAUAUUCCAACUAUUAUUAUUCAUUUGGCUCUAGAGUAUAAAGAAGAAAGUAAAUCUCGGUUCGUUUCAUCAUCGAGAGAAAUGUCGACGAGAAAAAAAAACAAAGGCCCGUUUAAAGCCUUCCAAAUCCUCGGUCGGUUUCUGCGCUCACGUUUUCGCGGUUAUAUCUUCGAUCCAAUCGUGAGUCGACUAAGCUGAAACACGACUUGACCGUCACGACUUGGUCGUCUUUUUCUCUCCCCUCAAGGCUUGUCCUUCUUCCAUUUUUUUUUUUCUAUUUUUUUUUUUCGCAGCCGACCUUCCAAUCUCUUUCAACCGCGAUGCCCUUGCCUCCGUUAAUGAAGUAGGCGCGAAUAGACUUCCUACUCUUUCCCCUCUCUGUCUGCUUGUUCUCUCAACACCACUCUCUUCUCUUUCUUCUAUUCUUUCCCUCACAUCUCCGCUAUUUUUUCCAUUUCGAUCGUCUCGCAUUCAGUCUGUUUCCCUCGGGGUUGGCUCGCAAUCGACACUAAUUCCUGUCUCGUAUGACGUCGAUGGAUUCGAGUAUGUUCGUGUUUGAACGAAAUCACUUAUAUUUACGCACACAUACUGGUCUCGUAUCUUUCGACUAUAUCCGACGUAACGUUUGGACAUGUGGUCAGUGUUCGGAAUUGAUCGGAACAGAUCGGCACCGAUCGUGGCCACUCGUAAUCGUCAUAUAUCGGAAACGUACAUACAGCCUUUUAAUAUUCGUGGAGAUAUUUUUAGGGAAUUUAGAGGAAUCUAGAGUUAAAACAAACACUAGAGUUGAUAUAUAAAAAACGAUUGAGGUUUAUUUAUUAAGUCAUGAACAGUUUUAAGGUCGUGUUAAAAUGAUAUUGAAGAAUAGUGGAGAAUAGCUCGUGGUCAUAUAACGAAUUCGAGGUUAUAUUCGGACACUACUAAACAUACGCUACAUAUACACGCACACGGAUAGAUGGUACGGAUGAAGAUGCAGGUAAAUAUGACCGUGUAUGCAAGUAGACGUUCGCGCAUACACUUGAGACCAACGUAAAUAUCCGUUACACAUAUAUGGAUAGAGAACAAACAGAUAUAGAGUUGGUGGAGUUAGGGGGGGUGUAUCCAUGGAUGCGACGCAUCAUUUUUCAGUUGGAAAAUGCGAAUUCAGCCGCGGCCUGAAAAUUCACAUCGAGGCCUCAUAAUGCAUCCGACUGCUAUCACCGACGAGCUGACAACUAUUCCGAUUCCACUCCUUCUUUCUCUUCCUCUUUAUUCUUCUCUUGCGUUCGCUGAUUCUUCUUUUUUUUUUUUCAUCGUCUAGCCAAUCUUGCCUCCUGCGUGUUCCUAUCCUCGUUUCCACGAUUCCUUGCUACGAUUGGGAAAGUACUUAGAGAUAUAGGGAGCGUGUUUAAAAAUUGAUGCCCUAUAGUUGCUUUCGAUUGCAGUAAUCAAACGAUGCCGCAAGUUUAAAUGAAGGUAACUCGAUUUUCUUCCUGUGCUGCGUAAUCAACGGCGGUAUGGUGCAAUUGUAAUUAUGUUUUUAUAUUUGUUUGCGUUAUAAAAGGAAAAUCUUUUAAUCUUUUUGUAGUGAUAACAAUGAAUUGAAAGUUUUGUUUAAAACAAAUUUUUGUUAAGUUUUUAAUUAGUUUAUAAUAUCAAAUAUAUAAAUUAAUUUAAUAUGAAACUAAACUUUAUAAAAUAAUUAAUAUUAUUUAGUACUAUUUUUUAAAAAAUUUAAGACUAAAUAGCUUUAAGAAGGAUAUGAGGGAUUGAUAUAAUUAAAUUUAAAUAUAUUAGAUUAUUUAAUGUUUCAUAUAAUAUUAUAUUAUAUAUUAUACUUAAACCGUGUAAUUCUACGUCUUUGAUAUUUAUUAAGGAAUUAUAUAAAUUCCAGCUUCUUGUUC